CAUCAAUUUAAAGUUAUCCUACUCUUUAACAAAUAAUAAUGAUCUUUACUUCUCAUCAACCUAAUAAGCCUAUACCUGAAUCAGCCAGUCUUUUUCACUUCUUAUUUGAAGACAACGACAAGAAAUUUCCUAGAAAUAAGCUUGCAUAUCUCGAUAUUGAAAAUCCUAGCAAAAGAUACACUUUUGAACAAACUAAAUCUCAAAUCCUCAAGGCCGCCGCUGGUCUCAAACGUGAAUUCGGUUUCGAAAAGGAUGAUGUAGUUGCUAUCUGUUCGCCUAACAUGGUUGACUAUCCUAUCAUACUUCAUGGUGCAGUUGUUGCAGGAGGCGCUUGUGCGACUAUUGACCGCGAAGCUGAUGCCAAGCUUAUCGCCCACGAUUUGGAUGUUUGCCAAGCUAAGGUUGUUAUUACACACAGUGAUACCCAUGCUAAGGUACUUGAGGCCUGUAAGUUAGUUAACUUUCCCAAAUCCAACGUUCUCGUCUUCGACGAAUCUUCCGUGGAUGGCCUUCGUACUGUUGGUGAGACCAUUUUGAGCAAGGAGGAGUAUGCUGAACCUGUGAAGUUUACUCAUGAUGAGCUUGUCAAUAAUCCCGCCUUCCUUUACUAUACCUCUGGUACCACUGGUGAUAAAAAGGCUGUCAUUAUCACGCAACACAUCAUCAUGGCCAACCUGACAAUCCAGGAAGACUUGCCUUUCAACGAUCGUAUUAAUAUCCUAGCUUACACCGAAUUCCACCACGCCAGUUCAUUUGUGACAUCAAUGCAACUAUCUUUAUUGUACGGUAUGUCCGUCUUUGUCAUGCCUCACUACGAACUUCGCAAAUUCUGUGAAGCAAUUGAGAAAUAUAAAAUCAGCAUGACCAACACUCAGCCCUACAUCAUUGCCGCUUUGACUAAAGAACAAGUUUGUCAGGAAUACGAUCUUUCAUCACUCAAAUCCGUCAUUUGUUGUGGUGCCGCUCUUGAUAGCUCUGUUACUCUUGCUGCUCGGGAAAAGAUGGGUCUCAAGGUUCUUGACAUUUAUGGUAUGACUGAAGUUCUUUGCGCUUUUGAAACAAAUGACGAGCUUACAUUGAAGCACAGUAUCGGUCAUGUUGCUUCCAAUUUUCAAAUCAAGUUGAUUGAUGAUGAUGGCAAUGAAGUUCCUGCCACUGGUGGUAUGGGUGAGCUUUUGAUUAAGGGUCCCACUGUCACUAGAGGUUAUUACAGAAACCCUGAAGCUACAGCCAAGGCUAUAGACAAGGAUGGAUGGCUUCACACUGGUGAUUUGGUCAAGGUAGAUAAGGAUGGUUACUUCUACUAUGUCGAUCGUGCCAAGGAUAUGAUCAAAUACUACCUUGUCCAGAUUUAUCCCAGUGAUAUUGAAGGAAUUCUGAUAACCCAUCCUAAGGUUGCUGAUUGUGCUGUUAUCGGUAUCUAUCAAAAGGAAUUGACUACUGAAUAUGUCACUGCCUUUGUUACAUUGGUGGAAGGCGAAAAACCUUCUAGAGAACUCGAAGAAGAACUCAGGGAAUACUGUGAUUCUCGUCUUGAAGAUGAAAAGCGCAUCCGUGGUGGAGUCCAUAUUAUCCCUGAGUUCCCUCGUACUGCUUCUGGUAAAAUCCAAAGACGCGUCCUCAAGGAAAAGGCUACCAACGGUGAAUUAUAAACUUUCUGAUAUCUUUUACUUUAUUUAUUACAUUCUACUAUCGAAUCAUUUAGACUUCAUAUCUUUUUUCAUAAACCCAUCUUUUUGCAUGUCUCAUCCUCUUCACUCUGCU